GUAAAACAGAAACAGGUAAAAAAUAUUUAUCAUUUUUGUUGUAAAAUAUUUUAAAAGUUUGUGUACACGUACGAAAGGAAUAUUCGCAUAUUGUCGAGUACACAAGUACACUUAUUCAACUACAAACGCUAAAGACCAUGGAAGCAUCAGGGAAAUUUGCUGUUUCUGCAGAACAAGAUUCCAAUCUUUACUGCCUUCCAUGCAACAGGUAUAGUUUAAAGAGACCAGCUUUUGGUUAUUGCCACGACUGUGAGGAACAUCUUUGUGAGCGUUGUUGUAAGCACCACAGGAAACAAAAACCUUCCAUGAACCACGUCCUGCUUGAUAAAGGCAGAAUGCCACAGCAAUCGAAGACCGGGAAUAUAAACAAUGAUCAAAUAACUGACUUUUGUACGAAACAUAGCGACAAACUACUGGAAUUCUAUUGUGAAACACAUGAUUCUAAUGCGUGUUAUGUUUGUGUGACUCUGGACCACAAACACUGCAAUGUAGACUAUAUUCCCGAUGUGUCAGGAAAUAUGUCUGGUGAGCUUGAUAACUUGAUUGACAGAAUGGAGACACUGAUUCAAAAAUGUAAAUCUAAUGUCAAAAUUGCCGAGACUGUUACUGCAAAUAUAGAACAAAUGUACAAGGCCGUUGUUGAAGAUAUACAAGUUUUCAGAAAUGAAAUUAACGAAUGUCUGGAUAAGAUGGAAGCCGACAUUAUGAGGGACGCUAAAUCCUACGCACUGACAGCAAAGUGUCAACAAGAAAAUGUAAAAACAGAAAGCUUACAUAUCGCAGAGGAAAUGUCAAGUACAAUGUCAAUUCUCAAGUCUCUGAGCGACGAAAACAAGCGGAAUAAGCUGUUUAUCGAGAUAAAACAUGUUGGACCUCAAGUGGAAAGACUAUCAGAUGAAGAGAAACAAUUAGUUGAAGAUAAUAAAACAGAUGGUGAUGUCAAAUUUAUCCGAAACGAAAUGAUGCUUGGUCAGCUCAAAAAUAACAACUCUCUAGGAACGAUUUUUAAAUACCGAAGACAUUGUGCAGAAAGUACAUUAUGUGUCCAAUAUGAAAGAUCAAUGCAAGUGAAAUACUCCUCUGAUAAUAAGCAAUGCGAUAUCUCUGGAAUGGUACUGAUUUCUACAACAAAUAUGAUCGUCGCUGACAAAAAUAAUAACAAAAUUAAAAUAAUUAAUAUAGACACAGGAACGCUGGUAUCAGAGAUAUCCCUUUCUUCAUCACCACUCGAUGUUAUAAAACUGCUACAGAAUAAAUUUGCUGUUGCAUUAUGUGGUGAAAAGUGUAUCCUGAUAAUGUCUUAUACAGAUACAAGUUUGUCUUUAGAUCGUCGUAUAGAUGUCGGAGAAUCGUGUUAUUGUGUAGCUUAUUGUCAGGACAAGUUGAUUGUAGGCUGUAAUUCUAAUCCAGGUAAGCUGGUUAUUCUGGAUUUAGACGGAAACAUGAUACAGAGCUUUGAUACUCCUGGAUUGUUUCAUGGACCAGAAAAGAUUGUUAUCAGUAGAGAUGAAAAGUUUAUGAAUGUAUCUGAUUGCUACAUUACAAGCAAGUUUAUGAAGCUGGACUGGAAAGGUAAUGUUGUACGAACAUUUAAGGAUCAGGGAUAUGAAAGACCAACAGGAAUACAAGAGUUGGAAGAUGGUACCUUGUUAGUAUGCUACAGAGACAGUAGCAAUAUUGUUAGAUUGUCGAGCAGCUUCAAGAAAUGUGAAAUUGUAGGUAUCGAGAAAACUGAUUUGUAUAACCCACUGGCUGUAUUAUACAAUGAUAGAGAUCAUAAACUAUACAUUAGUUGUUCAUCUGAAAAAAUAAAAUUUUAUCCUCGUGAUAUAAUCAAGAUAUUAAGCAUAAAAUGGACUUAGAGAUAUGUAACCUUUAAAUUUAUUACUUGGAGUGUAAUCUAGUAUUUAUAGAAGACAGAUAGUGUAUCCAUUACACUUGCUGUAAAGGAAAAUAUUUCCGAAAGUAUGCUGACAGUGCCAUUUGUGUAAUAAAUUGUAUCAUAUCAUUUUACAAAUAAAUAUUUUAAUUUA